UCAACAACAUCGACCGUUGCCUCGAAAGUAUCGAUUCACUCGUUGUAAUCAGACGACUUGCUCACGAUCACCAUUUACAGUAGAAUUAGCUGCUAUAUAUUGCAAUCAUGUCGUUCGUACCUCAGGAGACCGACCCUUUGUUGGACAACCCGAACCGGCCAUCUUCGACCCAGAACCCACCUCGCGGAGGCGACCCCAGGGUCUCUCGAACUCGGUCCGCAGAGACCUCGAGCGAUCUCGAUUCGGAGGAUGAGCGGAUGGGUACUUGGGGAAUGAGGGAGAAGAGAGGAAAGUCGAGGUUGAUUGUAGACAAUGUAGGAUUGGGAUGCAUCUUGCUCGGGCUGCUUAUGUUUAUGCCUAUGGUUCAGUACCUCGUCCUCGAAGCAUACCGCAAGGAUCCCAAAGGGACGGGUUGGUUUGUCCUACACCCGACUAUGCAGAGCCUCGCAAUCACCAUGGCCGUCCUCUCCAUCCAGUCCUUGCAGACGACUACAUCCCCAUCCGGAAGCGCCGAGAAGCACGCCGCGUUCCGUCAACAUCAACUCAUCAACCUCGCCUUCUCCCUCCCCAUCCUCCUCAUUGGUGUCUCUUCCAUCAUUUACAACAAGCACAUACACAAUGCUCCUCAUUUCGUCUCUGCUCACGGAAAGAUGGGUCUAGCUAUCGUCAUCUGGUUGUUCGUACAAGCGCUCGUUGGCAUCGUCGCUUCUUCAGCGGCCAAGAAGUACGGGGACAGCGCGAAGAGAUUUUACAAGUAUCACCGAUUGUCGGGCUACCUGUUGCUGCCUUUGGUUCUGGUCACCGCGCAUCUGGGAGGAGCUUAUUCGGACUGGAUGGUGAAAGGGCAUAGCAAGAUGUGGCAGAGGGUAGUCGCUUUCGAUGUCGGGUUAGCUCUAGUUGCGGUCGGCGUAGUCGUACGUGCAAGGCCAAGCAAGAUGAAGUUCUUGUAGAUUGUACAUACUAUGCGUCCUCAAGAUGCAUCAUUACUCCAGCCAGCGAUUCCAGUCUUGAUCAGACCCAUAACAUAGCUACACCGCGAAGCCAAGC